AUGAUAGAGGACGAUGGAGAGAAGGAUGGUGGGAGCACGUCGUGGAUGGAUUCAGAUAGUUCACGUCUUCGAGAGAAGCAGUUUCUGUUGUCUUGCGAGCGGGGAGAUAUUGGAAGUGUCCGCAAGUUGUUGGCCGGCAUUUCGACGGAAAAUUUUAAUAUUAAUUGUUUGGAUCCGUUGGGAAGAAACGCUCUCCUCAUCGCCAUCGAAAACGAGAACAUUGAGAUGAUCGAGUUACUGCUGGACCACAAUAUUGAGACAGGUGACGCGAUAUUAUACGCGAUUGGAGAGGAGAACGUGGAAGCUGUUGAGAUUAUUGUGGAGCAUUUGGAGAAAAUGGACAAGUUCGAUGCCGAGCGGCAAGGAGUAGAAAUCACCGAGCACUCCGCCUUUACCCCAGACAUCACGCCUAUCGUCCUAGCCGCCCAUAAAGACAACUACGAAUGCAUCAAACUAUUCCUCGACAAGAAGGGUACAGUACCCCACCCCCACGACGUCCGAUGCAGUUGCCCCGAGUGUUAUGUGGCAAGAGAAGAGGAUUCAUUGAGGUUGUCCAGGUCUCGGAUAAAUGCCUAUAGGGCUUUGACAAGUCCCUCCUUGAUCUGUUUGUCUGCCAGGGAUCCUAUUUUGUAUGCAUUCGAAUUGAGUUGGGAGUUGAAGAGGUUGUCGUUCAUUGAGAAUGAAUUCAGAACGGAUUAUGAGGAACUCUCCCAAAAGUGCCAAAAAUUUUGUGUACACAUGCUCGACCAAGUCCGUGGCUCCAAAGAACUCGAAGUCGUCCUGAAUCACACCACCAAUGCGUGGCAUGAUGUCACCUCUGCGAACGGAGGGAAUCCGGAGAAGUUGGCAAGACUGAAAUUGGCGAUUCAGUUGUCGCAGAAAAGGUUCGUCGCCCAUCCCAACUGCCAGCAACUCCUCCUCGACAUCUGGUAUGAGGGCGUGGAGUCAGUGAGGUGCACGAAUUUCAUUUACAAGCUAAUCUUCUAUUUGCUCGGAAUGAUGAGUUUCCCGCUAUUCUCAUUGGUCUACCUCCUGGCCCCACAUUCGUCAAUGGGACAGUUUGCCAAGAAGCCGUUCAUCAAGUUUUUGUCGCAUUCUGGGAGUUAUAUUUUCUUUUUGAUCCUCCUAAUCAUGGCUAGCCAACGUAUGAACGUCAUCGACAACCUCCUCCGAACAGAUGACGUGGAUCGAAAAGAGACACGUGGACCACCACCGACAGUUAUAGAAUGUGCAAUAUUUUUAUGGGUACUAGGACUAAUAUGGGUUGAAAUUAAACAAUUAUGGGAGUGCGGACUUUACAAUUAUUGCCGCAAUUUGUGGAAUAUUUUGGAUUUUAUCACAAAUUCGUUGUAUUUGUGCACGACGGCGUUGAGAGUGGUUUCUUAUGUGCAGGUCGAAAUAGAAGCCCUACAACCAAACUCCGUGCACAUCGCCCGUCACCUGCCACGUAGAGAUUGGGACGCGUGGGAUCCAACACUACUAAGCGAGUGUUUUUUUGCCACGGCAAACAUUUUCUCAUCAUUGAAACUGGUCCAUAUUUUUACAGUUAGUCCCCAUCUUGGACCGCUCAAGAUUUCUUUAGGAAGAAUGGUAAUCGAUAUUGUCAAAUUUUUUAUGGUCUACGCACUGGUCCUAUUUGCAUUUGCAUGUGGACUUAAUCAGUUGUUAUGGUAUUACGCCUCUAUGCGGCAAAAUGAGUGUAAUCUGUAUGAACAAUAUAAGAAUGAAAAGUCGUUGAGCUACAAGUAUGAACAUUUGAAAGAGUCGUGUGAUGAUAAGUAUAAGUCGUGCUCAAGCAUCUACCACACCGCGGAAACCCUAUUCUGGGCGCUCUUUGGCCUGGUAGACCUUACCCAUUUCCGUCUGAAAGAGGAUCACUUCCUAUCCGAGUGGACUGGCAAAACAAUAUUCGGAAGUUACUGCUGUUGCUCCAUAAUUGUUCUAUUAAACAUGUUAAUUGCUAUGAUGAGUAACUCAUAUCAAUACAUCUCUGAUCAAGCGGAUAUCGAGUGGAAGUUUGCAAGGAGUCGACUGUUUUUGGAAUACUUCGAUGAUACCGCUACAUUACCACCUCCCUUUAAUAUAGUACCGUCACCAAAAUCUAUAUAUUAUUGCCUUAAUUACCUCACCAAGAAGUUAUGCAACUGCACGAAACUUCAACAGCCUGGGAAGCAGAAAAGUAUGAGGAACCAAAAAAUCCUGAGAUCAGUGAACGACCGGGAGAACAACUAUCGGUUUGUCACCCGGAACCUUGUCCAACGCUACAUUGCCCAAAUGCAACGAAUGAAACAACAGAGCGAAGGUGUCUCGGAAGAUGAUGUCAAUGAGAUCAAGCAGGACAUCAGUGCAUUCCGCUACGAACUGCUUGGAAUUCUUAGGAAUGCUGGCUAUCAGACAGGUCAUACAGAUAUAAAUCAGAAGACGUCUUCGCGAAACAAGAAAAAGACAGCUAUGGCAGAGAGGCGGCUGAAAAAUUCGGCACUGCUACACCAGGAAUUUCCGGUACCGCAAAUGUUUCAGUCGGGGCAGCGGAACAUGAGUAUAUCGUCUAUUCAUUCGAAUGGCAGGUUAAAACCCUCUUUCCUUCCAAGUACCUCAAAACUCAGCUGGAACAAUCUGAAAGUCAAAGCGUCCCGCCUAUCCAAAUCCAAAUCAAUCGAUACUACACAUCUCGACGUGACCCGGUUACAAGCUUUAAGCAAAAAGUCUCCACUUCAAAAACAAGCACAUACCAGUUUUGACACCUCCAGUUUGAAUGAUGAUACUGAUGAGUUGUUGUGA